CAGACGUCUGAUUCAGUAUAGUCGGAGUAACUCGUAAGGCGAGCUGGACGCGAUAUCUAUGCGUGUCAGCCGGGUUUGUAAUAUUACGCGACUCGCUUACGUGUCUUUCAAUACUAAUUGUGCUGUUGUGCAACCACUAUUACUACUCAAAGUUAUCAGUUUCCACGAAUUACUGUUUAGUAGAUAUCCGACCUUUAGAAAGUCCAUAGUGUUAAAAUAUUUUUAAAAUAUAUAAAAUAAAUACUGAUAUUACUGAUAUAUCUGAUAUCGAAGAUAUCCUUGAUAUCAAUAAGUGACAAAGAAUUUGCGAUUUAAUCACAGAGCGAUUAUAAUGUGUAACAUUGGCUAUCGGUAUGCAGAUUUCAACAUUGCUAAAGUGAUUAUUAAAUCCGAAGGAAAACGAGAAACGCAACAAAAGAAAGAUUAAUGGAAUCACAUGUGAAAAGAUUUCCACGAUAUGAAGAUUGACAUGUAGAAUCGAGAGUUCGAUCAGAUUUGAUCUCAUUGUCACCUCAUUGUCAACUGGCACAUGCCGCAAAAUCGAAAUUUUAUUCCUCGUUAAAUAACUGCUCGUAGAACAGCAAUGCUACGUUAUAACGUGCAAAUUUAUCAGUACAUAAAUUAGAUAUUUCGCCGAGAUCUGAUGACAAUUGCCGAAGGUGACGUCGCUUCCAACUCGAUUAAUUAUUCAAAAGACUAUAUUGCCUACGGAAACACACAAACCAAGGCUAUUAGUUUGUAGUUGAAAGUCAGGGAGUAUUCCCGCGCAGGUUCUAUCUUAACGAAUGACUGUAAUCGAUAAACGGACUCUCUCAGCCAGCACCGUGACCGUCGGUGUCGCUUCGUUUAAUUCGGCUUAGUCACCGUGACGGGGAGGGAAUCAAUUGCUGCUUAUCCCGCGUUCGCGUCAUUCGCGUCUUCGCAAAGUUCGCUCGUUACACGCGAGACGAUAGACGCGGCCGAGAUUGCCGAGUGAGGAUUGCGUGCCUCGCUUCUGCCCGGGCGUUCCCGAAGUAUAGCGCUCUCGCCGUCCUGACAGACGGGGCGAGGUGAAGUUUCCGCGAAAGUGCUCCACACCGUGAAUUACGAUCCGUAGACGAGAGUGCAAUGUUCUUCGCGGAGAUGAAUGAGUCGACCCGCGCGUGAAGUCGCGGCGCCACGUGACUUUCAUUCCCAGCCAGGAGACCAGAGAGAGGAAGUUAAACUAGAUCGAGAUUUUCAUAUUCUUGCCGAGAGAGGCCAGGAUUAAAGUCUCAAGAGAUUCUUGGAUUACAUAAUGCGGAACGGAAACUGCAGUAGGGUUUGGCGGUGCCAAACGUAACCAGAACUAGCUGGUGAUAGAUGUAGUGAACGAGACGCUCAUUUCGCGAUCAGUGCCGAUUAUCGGAGACAUUUCAGCAUUUCAGCUAUUGCGAUUCAGUUGAAUCAAUAUGGCUCUCGAAUUGAGCGAGGAAGGCCAUGCCAUGAUGGGCUACAAUUCAAUGAGCGAAAACCCAUCAGACACCGAGAAUAAUAAUAAUAACAACAAUCUUAAGAGCGAAAAGAACAUUUUGAAUGAGAAGGAAGCGGCUGUUCAAUAUUCAUCAAACUCAAAAGGAAUAAUUGCGCAGUGUUUAGUAACAGGUGCUGUAUUAUUGGUGGCGACAGGAGGCGGCAUACCGAUUGGUUACAGCGCCGUUCUACUGCCGCAACUGUCAGAAGAAAACAGUACCUUGCAUGUGGACCGCGAGACUGGUUCCUGGAUAGCCGCAGUUCACAGUCUGGCCACUCCUAUCGGCUCACUGUUAUCUGGACCACUUCUCGACGCGAUCGGUCGACGAGGAUGCCUUCAAUUGUCGUCGAUUCCCCUGUGCAUAGGCUGGUUGAUCAUCGGUUUCUCGAGAAAUGUGACAUCUAUUUUAGCCGGAAGAGUUAUCUGCGGUGUGUCUGUAGGAUUCAUGGCGGUGCCCGCACAGGUUCUAGUAGGAGAAACGGCGUAUCCAGGCCUUCGUGGCUUCUUGGUUGUCGGGUCGUUCGCCGCGUACUGCGCCGGAAUCUUGUUGGUUUAUGCUCUCGGCGCUUCUUUUAAUUGGGACGUCGUAGCCUUCUCCUCCAUAAUACUUCCUAUUGCGGCCUUUAUUGCUCUUUGUUUGAUACCCGAAAGUCCCGCCUGGCUUAUUAGAAGGAAGAAAGUAGAGAAAGCUAAAAAAGCUCUUUUGUGGCUCAGAGGCGGCAAUAUUGAGCAGAUGCUCACGGAGAUAGAGCUUCUGGAUGCAAGCAUAAAAGCCGAUCUCGCUAGAAAGCCAGUAAAUACCUCGUUUAAGGAGAAGGUCUCCUCAGCGUUGUCCACAAUUCGCGAUCCAGGUGUGCUGAAACCAUUGAUCAUCAUCAACGUGUUUAACGCGCUUCAAUUAAGCUGCGGGACAUACAUUAUCGUCUUUUACGCCGUUGACAUGGUCAAGGACAUGGGGAACGGCAGUGUGGAUAAUUACUUGGCCGCCGUGGUGACGGCAGUUAUCAGGUUUAUCUUCUCCCUCGUCUCCUGUGUUUUGUUACUUAAAAUGGGCAGGCGAACCUUAGGCAUCAUUUCGGCCCUCGGCACGUCCUUGGCCUCGUUGAUCCUCGCGGGAUAUUUGACGGCCAGGAAGGAGGGAUCUUCCGUGGACGUCUAUGUGUUGGCCGUGUGCUUGAUAUUUUACGUCGGUGCAAAUACCUUGGGUUUACUGACACUUCCUGGACUGAUGGCCGGCGAGCUGAUGCCCCUGAGAGCUCGUGGCAUCGGUGGCGGAUGCAUCUUCUUUGUCUUCAAUCUACUUCUGUUCUUCAUGACCAAAUGUUUCCCAUGGCUAAAUAGCCAGAUUGGCACAACGGGAAUCUUCACUAUCUUCGGCGUCUGCGCCCUUUUGGAAGGGAUUUUCAUUUAUCUCGCUCUACCAGAAACAAAGGAUCGUACGCUUCAAGAGAUUGAAGAAUACUUUCAACAAAGUAAUUUCCUGUGGAUAAACAGAACACGGCCGAAGAGAAAGGACACACACGUACCUAUGAGACCUGAAUUUGAAUGUUUAAUGUCGCUACCUGAGUGUAAAUAAAAGCAAAACAUGACUAGAAUUUAUAUAUGACUGCGAUAAUAUUUUAAUAGAUACGCUUGUAUAUUUUUGCAAUUGCAAGAUACCUCUGUAAGAAUAUCGUGUUGUCGGAAAUAAGUGCGGUUAGAUAUGUAAGUAAGAACUGUGGAACAAUAAUAUUAUAUAUUGCAUAGUC